UCCUAAUCUCAGAGGGCAGAGAAUUCCACAAUUUAGGAGCCAAAGAAGAGAAAGCCUGAUCACCCAUGGCGCUUCACCGAUGGUGAAUUUAACAGUAUAAACUCCGGAUGAGAAUUUAUUCUAGUUUUUUAAGGUCUAAGCGUGCAGCCCCCAAACCGCUGUGUCAAAAUAAGACCAAGCGUGAGUAAAUAAGGGCAAGGCUUCAUAGAAACUGAGGCGGUGCCUCACCGGAAAUAAGAGAAAGACCAACAAACAGAGAGCUUAGUGAGACCAAACAGCGUGAGUAUGAAGCGUUGGUUUAAUGUCUUAUAAAUCCCGGUCUCUUUUCCUGUUUCCGUUUGAUAAACUUUGUAUCAUUGAAGCAGAUUGUGAGUCUGCUGGAGUGUGCAAUCCAGUCCAGUGCUUGAGGGCAGCCAGUCAAGUGUGCACUAUUGUGUGCGGCUGAAAAAAGAAAAAAAAAGAAAGAGAGCAAAAAAAGGAGGGGGAAGAAAAGAAACUCGGUCCCUUUGUGUGGAGAGGACCCAGCAGGAAAGCGAUUUUGCAAUUACUUCAGCUUGCCGGCAAAGCAAGCUUGGUUGCUCUGAGCUGCACACAGUUGCACGCUGGACCGUCUCGCCCUGCUCACUGCCUCCACGACCGUCUGGACACGCUUCGAGAGCCGACAGCCACGCAGGGCUUCUGCCCCGAUGAUGAAAGCAGACGUCAGACUGGCCCAUGAAUAUUGAUGCGGAGGGAGUCUGCUUCACAGACGGAACAGAAGGAAGCAAGAUGGCUGCCCUUUAGGAUUUGUUUAAGAGGAGAUCUAGACGGUUUGUUGGAAUUCUACAAGCUGGAAGGACGCAGAGCAAGGACGCAAAGAGGGCAGCCUUGUGAAUGGACCCAGAGCAGACCAGAUGGAAACAGAAAAGACCAGCCAUGAGACGGAAAAAAGUCUGAUACUUUCACAAAUCAGUGGCACUCAGCAGACAGACCCUCUUCUCACCAAGCACCAGAAUGGAGAUCAUUCUCAGCAGUUCAAUGGGGACACUAACUGGAGCCAUUUCAAUCCCAGCACAGUAGUCUACCCAAUGAAACGCCAACAUGAGAAUUGUUCUGGACCUGAUAGUAUGCAGGGGAUAUGUGAUCAAAGCAUGUAUGAGAUGAAUGGACAGAUGAAACACGAUCUUAGUGAACAGACAUUUUUAGAUUUUCACCAGCCUAAAAAAUUCUGCACUGAUUCAGAGGUGAAUGGAAAUGAGAACCUGAGGCUUUGGGAUAAAAGAGAUGCAGGAAUGGAGAACCGAUUAGAUGGAUUCCCUAAGCACAAUAAGCCAGGGGAUUUUGAGAUAAAACAUAGUAAAAGAAACUGUAACUUUCCCAAUGGGGAUUUAUUCUCACUGUCAAGGAACAAGCAAGUUCCAAUGCCCAAUGGUGCUACAACAAACCCACCCUCGGUAAAAGGUACAACUGGUGACCUCUUAGAGAAAACUUUAUCUCAGUAUUACCCAGAGCAUGUGUCCAUUGCACCUCAAACCAACUCAUCUCAAGAAGAUCAGGUCACCAGCAACCUGCCUGAGCAGGGAACUCCUUCACCUUCAUUUACCUCAGGUUUUCCUAUUUCACCCCAAACAUCUGCCUCCGAGCCACUUGCCAAGGCACCCCCAGAAGAACAAGGCAGCAAUGGCUACAACCCAGAAUUUAGAGUAAAUGGAUACUCCAGUUUUGUAGCCGAGCAAAAGGAGCCUGCUUAUCCUCUCUCUGACCUCCCAGAUAUGGGAAAAAAAUCCUUAGAGUCCACUGUGCCAUCACAUACAGGCAUUAAUGGUUGCUCGCAGAUUCAAAAAGAUAGCGUAGGCUUUCCGAAUGACUCUGAGAAUUUAAGAAAGUCCAGCCAAGAUUUUAGUCGUGAAUCUUUUAUAUUGCCCCCAGGAGCAACCUCACAGAACACUCAGGCAGGUCAGCAGAACCUACAGAUUAAGGUGCUACAGAAACAACCGCUUGAUGAAAGCCUCCAUGAUUUUUCUUUGCCUCAACAACAGACUCUUGAGCCACAAAUUGAGCCUAAACCUGGUCAGGAUAAGACAUCAAAGAGCACAGAUCGCUCAUCCCAGAUGGAAUGGAUAGAUUUAAACUCAGCUUCAGCACCUCAGCCAUCUACUGACCACCCCCAGAUGUGGGAUUUUUUCCUUCCACGGACCCAGAUGCAGCAUACAGUCACACAGAGCCAAAAUCACUGUACAAAUCCUCCGUCACUGUCCUCAAACAACUUUCACUCUCAAAAUUUCAAUAAUCGCAGUUGUCCCUCAUAUGAAAAUAAGGCACAAGAUGGUUACAAAAACUCCCUACCUCCUACACAGUUCCCCCACAACUCUGCCCCUGAAUGUCAACAGAACGAUUCUGGCAUGCAUAGUUACAUGCAAUUUAACAAACACAUGUCCCAGCAAUCAUGCAAAAAUGAUCAAGACCAGAUUCAAUCCCCGAGCUUCCUCUCUCAGCCACCACCUGCUGAGCCUCACCAGCAGGCCACCAGCACAUUUCCCCAUCAGCUCCCUCAGGACAGGCAGAAUAUGCAAGCAGCUCCACAAUCACAAGAUGUUUCCAACAGCCAGGUAGAUGCACCACUCUUGAAAAGGCUUAAAACAGAGGGUUGCCUUUAUUCAGAAUCCCAGAAGAUAUCUCUAGGUAUAGAAACACCAGCACAAACACAGUCUAGUCCAACUAUAAAAGAAAACUCUACAUUUCCAGACUCAUCUAAGUCAAAUGUACAAUCCCUGUCUAAAGAAGCAGAAGCUCUAACCGAAAGGAAACUUGUGCAGAACAUACAGUACUCGCAGAACACCAGUAGACAGCAACCUCUCCAACACAGGGUACGCAAUCAUUUGGAAUUCCCCCAGUCUCCGAUUUCUCAAUCACAUCUGUCACAAGUUUCAAAUGGUCUUCAGAUACCUGAUCAAACAUUUACCAAAGCUGAAUUCCAAGAACCGGAAUUCCAGAGGGAGUCUCUCCCAAGCCAAGGUCCUCAAGGAGAUUUGCAGAGGCACGCAGUCUUGCGAAUGCACCUUCUGCAGAGGCAGGAGCAGCAAAGCCCCAGCAACUUCAGACCAAUGAUGCCGGCCAUAAAAAGUGAAAACUCAGCUCAAUUCCCACCCAUAGAAGUGCAGCAGCAAAAUCAAGACAAAACCAAAGUCCUGCCAGUGGUAGUAAAGCAGGAGCAUCCUUCUCCGUCCUGUAAACAAAGCCAGCAGAGGAGUAUUCUAGCUACCAUGGAGCAGCAGUUAAAACAGUAUCCCCUCUCAUCUGUGUUUGAAAGAAAGUCUUUGGUCAUAAGGUCACCCAAUAAGGUGAAGGUGGAGAUGGCUGGGGCUGUGACUGUGCUCUCAACCAGUGCUGAGGGGAAUGUCAAGGAACAGUGCAAACCACAAAACUUCACCCCACCCAAAAGGAUUGAACCUGGGUUACAAAGCUUUCUGGAGUCGCCCAUGAAGCUGCUUGACACACCAAUAAAAAACUUGCUAGAUACACCUUUGAAGACACAGUAUGAUAUUCCGUCUUGUCAUUGUGUUGAGCAAAUCAGUGAAAGGGAUGAAGGCCCAUAUUAUACUCACUUGGGAUCAGCACCAAAUGUUGCAGGCAUCCGCAAAGUGAUGGAGGAAAGAUCUGGACUGACUGGAAGUGCCAUUAGGAUUGAAAAAGUUGUGUAUACAGGCAGGGAAGGCAAGAGUGGGCAGGGCUGCCCCAUUGCUAAAUGGGUAAUACGGAGGGCAAAUGUAGAUGAGAAACUCCUAGUCUUGGUACGAGAGCGGGUUGGUCACUCCUGUGAGGCAUCCUGUAUAGUAGUGGUCAUCCUAGUUUGGGAAGGCAUAUCACUCAACCUGGCUGACCGUCUCUACACAGAACUCAGUGACACUCUAACAAAACAUGGUGCCCUGACCAACCGAAGAUGUGCUCUAAAUGAGGAGAGAACAUGUGCAUGUCAGGGUUUUGAACCUGAUGCCUGUGGAGCUUCUUUCUCAUUUGGUUGCUCCUGGAGUAUGUACUAUAAUGGCUGCAAAUUUGCUAGGAGUAAAAUCCCUCGAAAGUUCAAACUACUUGGGGAUGAUUCCAAGGAGGAAGAGAAACUGGAACAAAAUCUACAGGGUCUUGCAACUUUCAUUGCCCCGGUGUAUAAAAAAAUGGCACCUGAUGCUUACGCCAAUCAGGUGGAGCAUGAACAUAGAGCUCCUGAUUGCCGUCUGGGUCUAAAAGAUGGACGACCAUUUUCUGGAGUGACAGCCUGCCUAGACUUUUGUGCCCACGCCCACAGAGACCUUCAAAACAUGCACGGGGGCAGUACAGUGGUUUGCACACUAACACGAGAGGACAAUCGUGAGAUUGGAAAAAUUCCUGAGGAUGAGCAGCUACAUGUGCUUCCCUUAUACAAGCCCUCAUCCACUGAUGAGUUUGGCAGUGCUGAGGCUCAGCUGGAGAAGACCAAGACUGGUGCUAUUCAGGUGCUCAGUGCCUUUCGUAGACAGGUGCGUACGCUACCAGAGCCUGCCAAGUCUUGUCGGCAGAAGAAGCUGGAUGCCAAGAGAGCUGCAGCUAACAAACCAAACAACCCCAAUACACCCAAUGCAAAAAUGGACAACACCCACCAAGCAAAGCAGAAACAGGUCCCUUAUGAGAACCCAGGGCAGAACACAACUCCAACAGGCCCAGGUAACAUGAGAACAAAUCUGGACUCCGUGCAUCUCCCACAUGCUCAUGCUGCCCAUCAGCCUCAGCAUCAGCAAACUCAACCUAAUCCAUCUUACACUGUCCCGUCAUUUACUAGAUUCUCAAAUGCAUCAGGAACGUUCUCAAACACUUCUAAACCAGCAACCCCACAUCCCCAAUCCCCUUCUUCUGCCAGUCCUUAUCCCUCUCCUUUACAUGCACCAAACUCUUACAUUAAUGUGUCUAAUGCACCCACCCCAUAUCCCAGGUCUCUUACGCCCAACCCUCUCUACAGUGGUUACCAAUGCAAUGGAGGACUCCCUGUGGACAACUACCACCCUUACUACUCUUCCAAUCUAAAGCAUCCAAAUAUGUAUCAUCCCCAAAGAAAUUCACUGUACACUGAGCAGCAGUACAAUGCACCUCAACAGUACGGGGUCAACUACCCACCACACUAUGGAGAGCCUAGCUUGCCAGCCAAUGGUUAUGGCACCUGUAACAUGAAACCUGGCAUGCACUCUAUGGGACAUUACCCAGGUUAUGGUGCUAACAUGCCACCCAAUGCCUUCUCCAGGCCUCCUUCAGCCCAUCUACAAUUGGACUAUGCAGCUAUCGGUAAAAACAGCCAGUUUGAAUCUUACCCCAAACCUCAUAUGUCCCAGAAUCCUCAGAUGUUUACCCCAAAUCUAAAUACCUUAAGUAUGCCAAGAAAUAAAGAUUUUGAGAUAAACAUGCAUGGAGUAAAUGGUAUCUCUCAGGUGUUUCCUCCAUUGGGUACUGAAUGCUUCAACCCCAACCAACCUCAAGAUUUGAGGCUUUCCAAUGAAAAUGCCCUUAACCCCAUAGUCAAACAGGAACCGCUUACCCAGACUUCAGAGCAAAAAGAAAAGGAGGAUGUGUGGUCUGACAGCGAGCACAACUUUCUUGACCCUGAAAUUGGAGGUGUGGCAGUGGCACCUAGUCACGGGUCAAUCAUUAUUGAGUGUGCUAAGCGGGAGCUCCAUGCGACUACACCUCUCAAGAAGCCUGACCGCAACCAUCCCACCCGCAUCUCCUUAGUGUUUUACCAGCACAAGAACUUGAACGAGGCAAAACAUGGACUGACUCUGUGGGAAGCAAAGAUGGCAGAGAAGGCCCGAGAGAAAGAGGAGGACGCUGAGAAGAAUGGUGCUGAAAACACGUCGAGCAAGAGCAGUGGAAAGAAGGUGAAACGAGAACAUUCAGAACCUUCAGAGCCUCCAUAUAAGCAGUUCCUUCUCAUGCUCACUGAGCGGUCAAUGUCCUGCACUACCAAUACAUAUGUGAGUACAUCUCCCUAUGCCUUUACCAAGGUGACUGGGCCUUACAAUCAUUUCCUGUGAAAACCUCCAUAGGUCCAGAGCACUCACAAACACAAUUAUAAGAGUGGCAUAAGAAAAAUCAAAUGGUGCUACAAUAUAGAGUUGCAGAACUCUGUGCCGCUGGCCAGAUGACGUGUAAUGCUUCCUCAGUCUGUAUGAGGUUAUUAACGACAGAUAUAUUCAGUGUGCUACUGCAUGGAAAGGCAGAUCAUUGGUGGGUUUUCAUGCUCUUAAGACGUCAAACUUGACUGUUUGAUCAAUUGGAAAUAUUUAUUUAUUACUGAAUUACUCUUAUGAUAACACACUGUCCUUCAUCCAUGGUGCUUACAGUCCGGCAAAUCACUGGAACAGAAUAUUCAUAUUUGGUCACUUUUUUGGCUAAUCACUUUUUACGGUGCUAGGGAGUGUUUUAAAUGCAAAUGUGUUUUCACAUGACUUUCUUUAACAACACACACACACACAAAACACCUUGCAUAAUAUUUGAAAGUAAUACGCAGUUAUUUUGAUCGCGCAAUUAAGAAAGCAUUUAGCUUAGUGUUUUAGAAGCACUUUUUAUAAUAGUGAGGGCAUCACUUUCCGCCCUCCGAUCUGAAAGACAAUUCAUUACACCUCAUCCAUUUUGAUUUCACGAUGUGGAAAACAAUAACCAUGAACUCCAUCAUUUAACAGCCUUUUAAAGAAUUUCUGUGGUGCUAUCACAAUUUCAGAAAGCCUUUAUACUUACUGUAUUGUGAGCCAUUGAGGGUCAACUUUGUAACAGUAAUGUUCUGAUUCACAAAGGAAAAAGUGAAGUCUCAGAACACUGAAUACUGAUACUUGGAGUCAAGAAAAGCAAUGGUCAACAUUAGGUCCUCAAAGCAUGCAUCAAGGAACAUAUAACAGGGUUAUCUUUACAUCAAUGUCACUGUUUCAAAGGCAGCUGGCUUGACUUGCUGUGGUGGUUUUUACAUAAUGCAACUUUAGCUGUAUUAAAAUGUUGAGAUUUGUACAGUAAAUUAUUCGAUUUUUUUCCCGAAUGUAUGCUUAGAUAAUAGUUUAGUAAA